UGGAGACCAUGCUUUGUCAUUGAGGAGCUCAGCAGCAGCAACAUUCUCACACUCCUGCACGUCCGACGCUCGGGUUGCUGCAUCCCGAUGUUGUCUGAUGCUGGAUCUGCACGUUUUCUACCUCCAGCCUCCUUCGCACACCGCGGAGCUUUAUUAUUGACGCAUCUCCAAUGUUUGGACCUGGGUGGUGUUGGAAAGAGAGGCACGUCCGAAGUGUUAAGCGGUCCCGCGCGGGCGCCGUGUCUGUUGGCACCCCAAAUGCAUGAUGGCCAUCUGAUUCAUCCGCACCGUGCUCCCCUUCUCCGCUAAAAUGGAAAGGUUCCAGUCUUCCAUGCGUAAGCGGCUUUACAGCUUGCCGCAAAACAUUGGCCAAAAAGCCUUCGUGGUGGACGAGGGGGACAACGGCGACAAGGACACGAAGAGGAAAAGUAUUCUGCUGAGACAUUUGUCCUCUCUGUCUCCCGCAAACAGUUGCAGGAGCAUCGAGGGCGCCAGCAGGGACGACAGGGAUGCCGCCGGGAAGACCAACUUGAACGGCGACUGUCGACGCUUCAAGAGCAGCAUCUCCUCCAUCAGCGGACGUCAUCCGCCGGGGUCAGAUCCGGCGGAGCAGCGCUGCCUCAUCCCGGAGGCGGACGCCGGUGUCUGUGAGAGUUCCCCCGGUGAGCGCGGCCCGGCAGCGGUGGGUCGCAGUGACGCAGCCGGCCACGCGUCCGUGUUUGACCAGUCGAAUUUCAUCAAGUUGGAAGGGACCGAGCAAAUCAUCCCCGAGGAUGAGCGGCUGUAUCAAGCUGGCUUCAUGCACCGGCAAUUUGGGGCGAUGCUCCAGCCGGGAGUCAACAAGUUCUCUCUGCGGAUGUUGGGGAGUGAGAGGGCCGUGGAGCAUGAGCGGGAACGAGUCAAGUCUGCUGGUUUCUGGAUUAUUCAUCCGUACAGCGAUUUUAGGUUCUACUGGGAUCUGACCAUGCUGCUUCUGAUGGUGGGAAACCUCAUCAUCAUCCCCGUGGGUAUCACCUUCUUCAAGGACGAACACACGCCGCCCUGGAUCGUCUUCAACGUGGUCUCGGACACCUUCUUCCUAAUGGACCUGGUGCUCAAUUUUCGCACGGGCAUCGUCAAGGAGGACAACACGGAGAUCAUCCUGGACCCUCAGCAAAUCAAGAUCAAGUACCUGAAGAGCUGGUUUGUGGUGGAUUUCAUCUCCUCCAUACCUGUGGACUACAUCUUUCUCAUCGUGGAGACGCGCAUCGACUCUGAUUUUUACAAGACAGCCCGAGCCCUGAGAAUUGUGCGCUUCACCAAAAUCCUCAGUUUGCUGCGCCUGCUACGCCUCUCCAGACUCAUCCGCUACAUCCACCAGUGGGAGGAGGUUUUCCAUAUGACCUACGACCUGGCCAGUGCCAUGGUGCGUAUCAUGAACCUGAUUGGUAUGAUGCUGCUGCUGUGUCACUGGGACGGCUGUCUGCAGUUUCUGGUUCCCAUGCUGCAAGACUUCCCUCCUGAUUGCUGGGUCACCCGCAAUAAGAUGGUGAAUGACACGUGGGGUCAGCAAUACUCCUACGCCCUGUUCAAAGCCAUGAGCCACAUGCUGUGCAUCGGCUACGGGCUGUACCCGCCAAUCGGCAUGGCUGACGUGUGGCUCACCAUCCUCAGCAUGAUUGUCGGUGCCACCUGCUUUGCCAUGUUUGUGGGCCAUGCCACCGCUCUCAUUCAGUCUCUGGACUCCUCCAGGAGGCAAUACCAAGAAAAGUACAAACAGGUGGAGCAGUACAUGUCCUUCCACAAGCUCCCUGCAGACAUGCGUCAGAGGAUCCACGAUUACUAUGAACACCGCUACCAGGGCAAGAUGUUUGAUGAGGAGAGCAUUUUGGAGGAGCUGAAUGAGCCACUGAGAGAGGAGAUCAUCAACUUUAACUGCCGCAAGCUCGUCGCCUCCAUGCCUCUGUUUGCCAACGCCGAUCCAAACUUUGUCACCUCCAUGCUGACCAAACUGCGCUUUGAGGUCUUCCAGCCAGGCGACUACAUCAUCAGGGAAGGAACCAUCGGCAAGAAAAUGUACUUCAUCCAACACGGCGUCGUCAGUGUUCUCACCAAAAGCAGCAAAGACACCAAGCUGUCGGAUGGCUCUUAUUUUGGAGAGAUUUGCCUCCUGACGCGAGGCAGGAGGACGGCUAGUGUGCGAGCCGACAACUACUGUCGUCUCUACUCUCUGUCUGUGGACAACUUCAAUGAGGUGCUGGAGGAGUAUCCCAUGAUGAGGAGGGCCUUUGAGACGGUGGCCCUCGACCGGCUCGAUCGCAUCGGGAAGAGGAACUCUGUUCUUCAACAUAAAGUCCAGCAUCACCAAAGUUCUGGCACAUUAAACCUCCAAGAAAGCGAGAUCAUCCAAAGAAUAGUGCAGCAUGACCGUGACAUGGCCCAGUGCACACAACUCAUCCAGACCUGCACAGCGCAGAGCUUGACCGCUCCCCCUGCUCCCUCAUCCCCCACCCCUGUCAUCUGGGCCCCCCUGGUUCAGGCGCCUCUCCAGGCGGCCGCUGCAACCACCCCGCUGGCGCUGGCCUUGGCUCACCACCCCCAGUUGCCCCCCAUCCUCUUUCACCAUCCGCUGGCCGUAGGCUCCCUGAAAGACUCCAUCAGUCACUCAAAAAGAGUCCACAGUGGAGUGCUUCCAUCUGGGCCCAAUUCUCCUCUGAGCUCAGCCAAAUUUCGCACAGGGGUGGAAACCCCCCCACUGGGCUCCAUUAGAGUGCCGCAUCUCACUACCGGCCCAGUACCGACUCUGACUUCUCAGCCCAUCUUCACGAGCAGCUUGCAGCCUGUGGUCCCGCCCCACUCGGGCAUGGCCUCCAUCUUCCCCAUCAGCCAGGCCGCUGUCUCCUACACUUGUGCCGCUGAGCUCCACUCGCAGCCCUUCCACAGCACCGUCACCACCCCGCCCCAUCCAUUCGGUUUACUUCAGCAGGGGGAGGCAACUAGCCUGGCGGGGAGAUUCCCGGCCCCCUCCUCUUGCACCAUAAGUCCUCUGAUCUCCAGCUCUGUCAGCCCAAUUCUAAGCCAGCUGCAGGAGAGCUCGCACGGCAUCACGCAGCAGAUGGGGUGCUGUCCUGCCAGCGCCAGCAGGAUGGCCAGCAGUCUGAACUUCCCACUUCUACCCAUUAUCACCAGCAACACCCAGCCGGCCGUGAGGUUUAUUCCGCCAGCAGGUGGGGGCAGGGCUGCAGCAUCUAUGGUGCAGCACAGUCUGGCAGGCCUUCAUUCAACGUUCCUGCCGGAGGUUCUGCCCGAGCAGUCCGCUCUUGCCUGCCUGGCGCAGUAUGACUCUGCAGAGUCCUCUCCGUGCUACACGCCUCCACUCCACAGUCCUAGCCUACAGAGUCCAGCAAGGGGAAGGACAGUUUACCAAAAUGAAGACAUGCACAGCCCUCUUCGCACUCAGACCUCAUGCCCAGCCAGGGUGGCGUGCCCGAUCAGGGAGUGCGCCGAUACACAAGGGGAGAUAAAGACCAUAUCAGGCUCUCACAGUCCCUUCUCCUCCCCUGUUGCAGCCAAUAAACCCCAACUCUCGAUGCCGGGUCACGCCACCGCUGUCACCUGGACACAUUCAGGACUUGAGCCUCAGUUUCUGGCUGUAAACUCUCAAGUGUUAGAGGUGGAACACAAACAGUCCAAACUUCCCUCCAGUUUGUGAGGCUCAGACACACCCUCCUUUAAUGGUGGAAUAAACUCAAAAACUCCCCUCAUCAAGCUCCUUUCACUGUAGGAGGGUGUGUGACUCGUAUCCAACUUCAUACCAGCACUCUCCACCACAAUAAUGGACUUUUUUUUCAAAAGCAAAGUUCUCCUUUAAAUAUAAUAAGAACAGGACCCAUUGCCAGGUUAAUACAGUAUAUUUUCCUGUAGCACCUCAUGAAAAUAUGAACUUAUCAACUUGUUUGUGUGUUACAAGCAUUAUGUGAUUAUUUCAAUUGUUUGACCCUGUUUACUUUGCAACCUUCACUUGUCUUCACUUCUUUACGGUCCUUAAGUUUGAUGGUUAAAACCAAAAAUGAUCGCCGUGUCUUUUUGAAUCAGGAUAGAUGUUGGACUCGGUCAAGGAUCCCCGCACGUUCGCCACUCAGCAUCCGAUUUCAGCAAAUUUGGUAGAACACUAAACGUACAGCAUACAUGCACCACCGUUGGACAGCCCACAAUUUGAACAUGUUUAUGUCUUUAUGCUUCACUGGGUCAGUCCUUGAAUGCACCAUAGACGAGAACAAAACUUGUCGUGAGGUGAACACAAGCUAAUAUGUGAUUGUAUGAUGGACUAGGGAAGCAAUGUGGAUUAUAUAGACUGAUAAUACGGCAAUGGACACGGGAUGCAAUGAAGGGACAGACUACUUGAUAGAGGACAACUUUGCAUCGAGCGCGGCUCAUAACAUUGUGGCAUUGUUGCAGACAGUUUGGACAAGACAGCUACGAUGAAGAUUCUGACUGAAAGCACAGCACUUAUGUACUUUCAAUAGAACAUGCGGAAGUCAACUUGUGUAACAGCCAACAAGGACUAAACAUAUACACAUACAGUAUUCGUAAGAUAGGGGUGCUCUGAUCGAUCGGCCACCGAUUUGUAUCAGCAGAAAAAAUGGCCCAAUCUCUGUACCGUUUGCCAAUACCAGUUUGUUCCUGAUGUUUUUCCUGGAUAGAAGUGGCUUUUUUGAUGCCCUUCUUGACACCAGGCCAUCUUCCAAUAGUCUUGGGCUCACUGUGCGAGCAGACGCACUCACACCUGCCUGCUACCAUUCUUGAGGAAGCGCUGCACUGGUGGUGCCCUGAUCCCGCAGCUGAAUUAACUUUCAGCGACUGUUUGCUGGACUUUCUUAGGUGCCCUGAAGCCUUCUUCACAACAAUUGAACUUCUCAUGUAGAUGUUCUUGAUGAUCCGAUGAAUGGCUCAUUUAGUUGCAAUCCUACCAUCCGCAAUAUCCUUGCCUAUGAUGCCCUUUUUUUGCUACACAAUGAUGGCUGCACGUGUUUCCUUGCAGGUAACCAUGUUUAACAGAGGAAAAACUAAGAUUUCAAGCAUCACACUCCUUUUAAAGCUUCCAGUCUGUUCUCAGUCAAUCAGGAUGACAGGCUCUUAUCCAGCCUUUGUCCUUGUCAACACUCACACCUAUGUUAACCAAAGAAGUACAUAUUGUCAGCUGGUCCUUUUGUGGCAGGGCUGAAAUGCAGUGGAAAUAGUUUUUUUUAAAUUCCUUUUCAUGACUAAGAGCGUCAUCUCAUUGCUCUUCAUAACAUUCUGGAUUGUAUGAAAAUUGCCAUUAUAAAAACACAGGUGUAUGAAUAUUUGUCAUUUUCAAAACGUUUGGCCAUGACCGUAGACUGUUCUCAGUGUGUCCUCCAGGUUUGAGGGAGGUCCUGCGAGGAGUAAAGAAUAGAGCAGUUUGAUGGUGUAUGUUGGUUGCCAUGCUGUACUGGUGAUUGUGGUGAAGAGAGAGCAGACCCAAAAAGGCAAAGCUUUCAUUUUUACCAGUAAUCUUCAUUCCUACUAUCAUUUAUGCUCUCAAAUUGUGGGUAAUACCCAAAAGGACACGAUAGAAGCAGCCGAAAUCUGCUUCCUUUGGACGGUCUCUGGGCUGAAAAUGUGAUGAGGAGCUCAGUCAUCCAGACUGUUUUGUUGGAGUGCUCCAGGCAUGUCCUCAGGCAGACACCCUGGAGUUGCUGUGUCACUUGGUCACAUCGAGGCUUUCCUACAUUCGACUCGCUGUCCCUUGCUGGAGCUACAAGACGGACCAGGAAGUAUGAAUGCUUUGUCUUCCAAGAUGUUUAUUGCACAAAAAGCAAAUGUAAAAUGAGUGAAUGUAAUGUUUGUCUACCUGAUGCAGGACUGUUCUGUUGCAACCUCUCUGCUGGGACACUGAAGCCAUGCUUUUGUACAGUAUAUCCACUUAGUUUUUACGGCCACACACAAGUACUGUGACUUCAGUUAGAAAUGCAAAGAAAUCAUGGAAUGAUCAAACACGGUGAAUGUUUCCUGCAAUGUUUCAAAGGGCUACAAGCAACACCAUGAGCAAGACACAUUGACCUCUUUGUUGCUGCUAAUCAGCAAGAACACUGACACAAUCCUCCAACCAGCCAACGACUUCACGUUUUCACGCGUCAUGUCCCGGCAUCCCGUUCGUUGUUUAUCCGCCUGCUUUGCGAAUCUUGAGGCCGAUGGACCGAGUGAUGCUUUGGGUCAGCAAGCAGCCUUUCCGCCGGUGGGCUGGAUCAAUCCCUCAUUAAUAUUCCCCUCCAAGGUCACACCAGCAGAAGCACGAGUAGCUGGAAUAUAAGGUUACUUUGAGUGCAAGGUGUGUGCUUUCACAGGAAGAACUCAUCUAUUUCUAUACAGUAUAUUCAUUGUUCUUUUUUACGCCUUUUCCACCUGAUGAUUCCAUCUCCUGUGUGUGUGUAUUUUGCCAAUUAUUUUAGCUAUGGAACUCAAUGCAAUAAAUGAUCUGGUCAGCUAUGCUUGACUUUACUGCUUUCUUUCCAUAAAAGAAGGGAACAAUGACACAGGGUAAAAAAAGGGUUUGGAAUUCGUUUUUAAAAAGCGGUUUUCAAAAUUUUUAUUACAACAAUGACCUGAAUUUAACUUAUUUUGCCUUGUUUCCCCUUUUCCCCCAAAAUCCAAGUGCAAAUGUUAACAGUAGAACUGUCAAACGAUUAAAAAACUUAAUCACAAUUAAUCACAAUUUGUCCACUCAUAAUUAAUCCCAUUUAAUCACAGAUAGGAGUACGUUUUAUCGAUUGUAAGUAAGAAUGUAAAUCCCUUCGUGGUGAACGAUUUGAUACACGACGAUGAUAACUACAUCAAAUUUUAUGCAAAAGGGAUAUCAAUUUUGGGAAUAUGGGCCAAUAUUUCAAUCAAAAAAAUCACAUACAUUUAGAAAUCCCCCAGUUUUUGCAUGUUUAAUGCGAGCAGCGUUUUGUCCCACUGUUUGACGGUCCUUGAAC